CUAGAGUGCCCUCCUCCCCUCCAUGGAAAAAGAAUGACAUCUGCACAAUAAGGACAUCUUCUAGAAGUAUAACUAGUGUGUUCAUAGGAAUGUUGAUGAAAGUGGAGCUUAUAUGAAUAUGGAGGAGGGGAGGAAGCUUAAACACCAUUUCUCCGAGAGCUUUGACCACUUCUCUGAAAACAUGGAGGACUUUUCCAAUGAACUGUUCAACAGCUUCUUUGAUGACCCGAUGCUGGUUGAAAAGAACCCUUUGCUGGACAUGGAUCUGGAUCCUCCCACUCCUGGCAUCCAGGCAGAGCACAGCUACUCCCUGAGUGGGGACUCUGCUCCACAAAGUCCUCUUAUGCCUGUCAAGAUGGAAGAGAAUGCCAGUGAAUUGGAAAAUGGUAUGUGGUCCCUCCAGCAUAAGCUAUGUUCCAUCAUGGUGAAGCAAGAGCAGAACAUGGUGCCAGAAGUACCUGAGACUCAGCUGCCACCUCAUGCAGUUCCCAUGAUGAAUCUUAAUCCACUGCAAAGGUUGUCAGUCCCCAAAGAGGGUCCCAUAGAAAUGGCUACCCAGCCUGUAAUCAAAGCUGAACCCAGAGAAGUGAACCAAUUUUUAAAUGUGCCAACAGAUGACUUGGUGCAGAUGCCACCAACACCUCCCAGCAGCCAUGGCAGUGACAGUGAUGGAUCUCAGAGCCCAAGGUCCCUGCCUCCCUCUAGCCCAGCCCGCCCCACUGCUCGGUCUUCUACAGCAAUCUCUUCUUCUCCGCUCCUCACAGCACCACAUAAACUACAAGGGACUUCAGGGCCCCUGCUCUUAACCGAGGAGGAAAAGCGCACUCUGAUUGCUGAGGGCUAUCCCAUCCCAACCAAGCUUCCUUUGACUAAAGCAGAGGAGAAAGCAUUGAAGAGAGUAAGGCGAAAGAUCAAGAACAAG